UUUACCCGCACUUAGGCUCUAUUAUUGGGUGCCUUCCACAAGAUACUGCCACAGGAUGAGGAUAAGCUGACGUUAUUUCGAAAUGUCAUUGAAUCGUUAUAUGCAUCCUCGCAACCCAUAUAAAGACAAGCCACCGGAUUUCACUGAUCUGGCAACACGUUUUGCUGACUUUCGAGCCCACUGUACCCUUGGCAAUAAUGGCAAGGUAUUCGUAAAUUUCCAAGAAGAUGGGGCAGUGCGAUCGCUAGCGAAGGCUUUGCUCAAGAGAGAUUUUGAUCUCGAGGUUGAUUUACCACACGGAUGUUUGGUUCCCCGUGUUCCUCAGCGUUUAAAUUAUAUACUUUUUGUUGAAGACUUAUUGGAACUCAACCAAAUCAAAAAGGAUGUAAUUGGAAUAGACAUAGGUACGGGUGCAUCUUGCAUAUAUGCAUUGCUCGGUGCUCGCUGGGCUGGAUGGAAAUUCAUAGCAACAGAGGCUGAUGAAGCAGCGGCCAGAGUCGCCAAUAAUAACGUGGCUCGCAACAAACUUGGCCAUCUUGUUAAAGUUCUUCAUGUCAGCGAACACUCGCCGUCAUUGAUCAGGGAUUUAGCACGACAGUUUCACGAUCUUCAGUUUUCAUUUUGCAUGUGCAAUCCUCCCUUUUUCGAAUCUUGUGAAACUGAUAAGAGAUUCUCCGUUGACAAACGUUCUGGCGCCCUUCUGAAUGAAUGCACUGUUGACUCUGAGGAAGCCGAGCGUGCACCUCCACGUUCAGCAACAUUGGCUCGACGAGGUGAAUUAGAGUUCGAGGGUGGUGAAGUUGCGUUCAUCGGUCGUCUUAUUGAUGAUAGCGUGUUACUCCAAACCCAAGUCAGCAUAUACACUACAAUGUUAGGAAAGAAGAGCAGCAUUACAUCACUAUCGAGACGUCUAUCGAGAAUAGAUGGCGUUCGUUUCACUGUCUCCACUUUAUCUCAGGGCAGAACUCAGAGAUGGGUUUUAGCAUGGACAUUUCUGCCACAUAUUCAACUGGAAGAUAAAAAGUACUCUUCGCUUUUCUUGCAAUGUCCCAGCGAACGUAUCACAUCUCCUUUACGGUGGAUUAAAUCUCAUUUGGAGCACCUCGGAGUGGAUACAGAGAGCGAGUGCUCAGAUAUGCUAAUCUGUUCUGCAAGAACUGUGACUUGGACUAAUCAACGAGCGAAGCGGCGAGCUGAAGCCCAGCUGAUGCAUUCUGAAGUGAAGCGAGUAAGACUUUCCAACACUGAUGCUAGUGUGCAGGUAUCGAUGGGAGUAGGUGACGGUCGGGACUCGCUAUCGGACGCUGGGAACUUUGAGGCAUGCCAUACUUGUAAGGUCUCGGGAAAUCAAAGUGAAGUCAAUAUUCAGGCCUACUUUCCGUGCUUCGUGACACCUUCCGUUUUGCGUUUCCGUAUAAUACAGUCACGAGAAAAUAGUGGUGCUAACUUCGAAUAUAUCGAUGGUUAUAAGCCAGGGUUGUACCAGUUGUUGCAGUAUCUCAAAAAUCAGAUGAAAUGAUUAUCAAUAGUUUUUCGGAUUAGCUGUUCUAUUUCUCUUUACGUACAUAAUAUCUGCACUUGAGCAUCAUAGCUAAUCAAGCACUAUGUUAUACGGCUGCGCUGAGCUUUACCUGCACUUAUUCCCGGCGGUAUUGUAUGAAAUACAUUUUACAUUGUGACUACGGAGUCAAACUCUUGAAACUUGUUUAUGUGCUGUUCGUUGUAUGUAAAAAAUGUAAUAAAUGUGCGUUCAA